AUGUUUUCCCCGUCUGAUGAAAAGAUUAUAGAAUAUAUCGAUGCAGGACAAUAUACAAUUGCUCAGAACUCCUUGCUCGAUAAAAUUAGAAAACAUCCGAACAAGACAAUAUAUCGAGCAUUACUGAAUAAAAUAUUAUACAAAACAGGGUCUACGGACAAGGCAAUUGAAAACAACUUAGCCUUAUUGAAAAGCACUCCAAAUGAAGUAAAUACCCUACUUGAGUUGAAUGAGUUUUUCAAAUCGGUGGGCAUGGAAAAAGAGGCAGAUUUGGGGUUCGAAAAUGCGAUUCAAAAGUACCCUUUACUAUCUCAAGAAUUGAGUUACAUUUGGUUUGAGAAUACCAUCCAAGAUUUAAGUGUAAAACAAUGGAAUAAGAUCUUUUCUUUUUUGAACAAGGGCAAGAAGAAUAAGAAGUACACUUUUUGGUACAGUUUUAGUUUUUACUUGUUGAUGAAUCAAGGUAACGAAAAAGAUGAAACCAAAUUGAAGUUGUACAAGUCAUUUGGUAAGAAACUAAUAGAAGGGUUGGUAGAAAAGGAACCUUUUGAAAAUUGCCAAGAGUUGUAUGUUUACACGAGAUUUUUAUUAUUGGAGGAGGAUUACAACACAAUUGUAUCGAUUUUACACGAUGCGAAAUUCCCUUUGGAUUUGGAAAUGCAAUUACUUUACAUGGAAGCAAUGGAGAAGUCCGGGAAAUGGACUCAACUUCACACAUAUACUAGCAAGUUGUUACUAGAAGAGAAAUUCGACGAUUUUGAUACUUGGAAGCUAUGGAUCAAGUCAGGGUAUGAAACUGGAAAAACUUGCGAUGACCUUCAAACAAAGUUGGGAAGCUCUCGAAACGAAUUGUUGAUUAAGAUUGAGCUAGAUCUUCUUUACAAGACGGGACAAGAACGCUUGCAAAAGGAUAUUGAGACCUACUUUACAACGUUCAAGAGCAAAAUGUGCUGCUAUACUGAUUUAUCCAAGUACAGGGACUAUUUGUCACCGAUAUUUUACGACAAGGUAAAGAGUUCAACUGAUGAGAUAUUGUCGCACUCACUCAAGUGUGACAGUGAGCUUAUUACGCUCGUAAACAAUCAGAAGUUUGUACGUCAUGUCAAAGAUGGACAGAUUUAUCAACUUGCUAGAAAGAGAAACGACUCAGCUACUCGAUCUGAGUUUGACAAUGAUCCUAUAAGUGAUGCGCUUUUGAUUUCCAUUGUUGAAAAGUUGUCUGAAAAUCCACUUCCAUCGCUUAUUAUACAAAGCAUAGCAAUCAUAAAGCAUUUAUUGGUGCACGACAAGUACAAUUAUAGACUAAAAGUAUGGUUGAUCAAGCUUUAUUCACAACUAAACACCAAUGACACGGUAUUACCCAUUUAUGAAUCCUUGAAAAUCAAAAUGAUUCAACAUGAGACACUUGGAUAUUACCUUACGAAUACUGUCCCCGCAACGAAAUCAAGUCUUGACCAGUACAUUGAUAUUUUUCGAUUCUACCUUACGGCCAAACAUGAAGUAAAAGAUACUGUUUUGGGUGGAUUUGAGCUGCAGAUUUACAGCAAGUUGACUAGUUUUGUUCAAUUUGGUCAAAGAUUGCAAAACUCAGUGUCAUUGAAUUUUGUAUUACAACGGAUCAUUCAAACUUCGUUAAUCACUUCUGAUAGAGGAUACUUGAACUAUUUUGCUCAUUAUUUGAAAGAGAACGAGAAAUCAAUCUUGGCAUCCACGUGGAGGGAUAAUCGAGACUUUGACUCGGAAUGGCAUGGAAUUGUCGUUAAUGAGAAAUUGGAAGCAGCAAAAUCAAAAAAGUUGUUGUCAAUACCAGUGGAUGACCAAGUUACAAAAGUAAAGUUGGUGAUUUAUGCCAUUAUAUUCAACACCUCAGACGACUCAAACGAAUUGUUGAAACAUUUCAACAAGAUCAUAAGCUCCACCCCCAACGUUAGCUCGAAUCCAUUCACCAACACUUUAAUCAAAAUGUAUUACAACUUGUUGAAAAUCCAAACCACCAACAUCAAUCCAAAUGAGUCUCAAUCGUUAUCCAAUUUCAUUUUAAAGAAUUUGAAAAUUGAUAAACUCAAAACACAAAUCAUCCCUGAAUCUUCCAUACUCUCAUUUCAAUUGAAUGAAAAUUUGAUUAAUGUGAUUGAGUUUAUUAAAAUUGCUCAAUUUAUAUCUACACAACCUAGAGCCAAGCGGAGUAAAGACAGCAUCAAUAUAACUAGAGCUAUAUCACAAGCAACUGCAAAAUCGGCUCAAGAUUUGCAAAAGUUGGAUCUUGUACAACAACAAUAUUCAGCCAUUGAUGCGAAUGUGUCUGACUUUGGCUUUAAUGAUGAACUCGGUUUGGGCUUGGAUAAGAAGGUAUUGGAAGAUGCAGUUUACGAAAUCAGAGAAUCAAUUGCAGCUUCAACAAAAACAAUAUUGAAUAAUAUAUAG